GUUCUGAUAAUUGAAUGCACGGCUUCGACCCCAGACGGUCGCAAGUUUUAAUUAACGGAAUCCACCUACAGCCACUCCUUUUCACCCCAUCUCAUCUCGUACUCCAAUGUGAGCCAUGCCCGUGUCCUCUGGCUCUGUGGCCAGACCCAAAAUCUUUUGCCUGUCUGUGUCUCGUUGCCACGUCAGUUUACCAGCCGGGCUGUCUUGUAUACAACAUGCAUCAGCGUCGUCGUCCAGCGGCUUGACGAUCUGGAAACAACCCGCCGUAAAUGCAGUUCCUCGCCUCUGAUCUUAGACUCUUUACGGAGAUGCAUUAACCGCGCGAAUCGCAGUAUCGCAGGAUGUAUCUCGUGGCAGCUGUCCUUUUGGUCAUUGCACUGCUCUCCGAAAUGUCUUCUCGUCAACCUUCCCAAUACUCAGACCCCAACGAGGAUAGACCGACACUCCCUUCCAUCCGUGUUCUCUUUGGUCCGGAAUUGUCACAAACCGUGCCCGGGACGUCCCAUUCACGACAUCCGUCUUCUUCACCCCAAAUUCCAUUCAACAACCUCCACAUAUCUGAUGAUCCUCGUUACCCGCCGGGCACGUCCCGGAGCAUGACCCCUACACCUCGCACUUACCCCGCGUACCCACAGGAUCCCCGGGCUAAUCCCCAAUAUGUUCUGGGUAGAUCGUCCACGGAUCCAAGGCACGCGUCGUCCUCUCAAUAUCAGGCGUACGGCCAGGUUCCCCCAAUGUCCUCUCGGCAGACGGGCGCAAUGCCGAGUAAUGCUUAUCCUUACUCCGCAUCUCUUCCGCCGGUUUCUCGCCAUCCUUCAUUGCCUAUGCCGGCAGGUUCUAGCUCAUCGUCACACUAUCCGCAAGAACCAGAGCGGAUGGCUUCGGGACACCGAUAUGAAUGUAGCUACUGUGGUAAAGGCUUCACUCGGCCCAGUAGUUUGAAGAUUCAUAUCAACACCCACACCGGAGAAAAGCCGUAUACAUGCCCAUUCGAAGGUUGUGGAAGGAGUUUCAGCGUCCAAAGUAACAUGCGUAGACACGCCCGUGUUCACACGCGUAACGCGGAUUCGCAAGCCGAUCCGGAGGAGGAAAGUGAAGAGGAACCGGAACCUGAAUAUCGCGGCAGUUCCAGCAGUCAAGGCAGUCGAUCCUUACGAUAGGGCUCAUCACGAUCCCACACAAUAUUUUACUUAAUUUUUUCCGGUAUCAAAGAGCAUUUGAAAGGUAUAGAUGUAUACGUAUCCAUGUAUAUUGCCUCAUUACAUCGUGAUCCAAGCACAUUCAUUCAUUGUAGUCUCGCCACAAUCACUCGUUCAAUCACUCGCAUUAUUUAUUCUCCAGUGGGCGUAUUGCCUAUUUAUCUUCCCUUUCCAGCACAGGUGGCUUUCGAGCAUGUUAUUUAUCGUGGGGCCCAUUGAAUUCCGGUUUCGACUCUAUUUUAUUGGUCUCCCUUCUUAUUGUUCGCCUAGCGCGGCAGUUCCACCACUCGGAGAGCGCAUAGACAACUAGUUAGCCGUUCGUCGCCAUAUAGUAGUUCAGAUCGCUGUUACAUUAAAGUAUAUAACCAAUGGAGUAGUACUAUUCCGGAAUGUAAAACAUAUCAUACUCAUC